CGAUUCUCCUUUUUGAGAAUUAAAUACCUUAUUUGAUUCAAUUUUUUCACGUUUUGUAUCUUCAAAUAAAUCGCACAGAGAUUAAGAUGUAAAAUAUAUACAUACAUAUGUAUAUAUAAUACGUAGUAUCAACAAAGGAAACAUUUACCAUGAAAUGGAAGCCAUAUUUAUUUUAAAAUUAUAUGUAAAAUUUAAAAAUAGUGACACAAAAGCAUUUUGCAGAGAAUGAUGAAUAAAUAAUAAAGCUACUAAAAAUGGAACGUGUCGAACACAAAAGCCAGUGCACAACAUCAAAUGAAGCAAAUACUACAGUGUCUCAAUUGAAUACGAAGCUCAUUCCCCACACCACGCCGUUAACACAGAAAAUACAGAAAGCAUUAAGCCCGCUUGAUUUCCCACCAUCAUCAUUACUGCCCGCUAAGACGCCACUGCAGCCGCUGAUGCAUGCAUUGACCACACCGAUGGAUAAGAAAAAAGGUCGCUUACAACGAUCCGAACGUUUGCUAACGAUAGACAAUAUCGUGACUAAUUGCAGCAGUGGUGAAGUUAAAAGUAGUACAACAACAAUACCAACAGCAUACUCGCCCUGGGAAGCAUUUGUUAAGGAAAGUUUCGGACAAAUAGCAUGGCCUAUCAAAAUCACUUCAUGGGAAUCGGCUGAUGAACGUGUCAAAAUUGUACCCAACAG